ACACACAGAGACUCAUACACAUAUAGGAUAUGAAAAGAAACUUGCAUCAUUAUAACAUGCUUCUGAAUUAGACGAGAAGGAAAGCAAUACUUUGAUACAGAAAGUGUAAACAAAAUCUGGCGUCGUCACCACCACCAUCAUAAACAAUACCAACUCCAUACCCUCCACUACCACCACCACUACCACCACCACUACCACCACGAUUACCUCAACCACAACGAGCGCCCCUCCGCAACCACCACUACCGCCUUUACCACCACCACCACCACCAACACCAUCACUUCCACAACUGCCGGUGCUGCCAGCAAAGUCACUUUUAACUACCAACGAUUAUCACAACCACCUUACUACUACUACUACUACUACUACUACUACUACUACUACUACUACUACUACUACUACUACUACAUAUAAUGAUAAUCAUCAUUACUAUGGUUUUGAUGAUACUCUAACUGCAGAUUUUCGGAACAAAUCCAAAUGCUUGACUACUGUUUAAAAACACAUUCAUAUAUUUAUUUAUAUAUGUUUAUUUAUAUUUACCUUUACAGCAUGUCGAGAAAAAAAGAAAACUAUAUUACCUUCCAGUAAAUGUUUAAGAAUAUCUAUGUUUUCUUUUCUUCUGAUAUUACGGUUAAAAAGUAGAAGAAAAAAAUAAUAAAAAGGUUGCAUAACAAUAACAAAGAGGAUACGUGUAUGAAUAUAUGAGAAGAAUUAGGGGAAAAAGAAGAGAAAAGAAAGCACAACAAGACAUAUACUUUACAAGAAAAGCACCAUGCUGUAAAGAUACAAACACAUACAUUUACGUACACACAGAUAAUAUAAAUAUAUAUAUGUAUAUAUAUAUAUGUUUGCAUUAACGGAUUUUGUCGUUCAGAUAAAAUGCACGGUCGUCAAAUAGAAGACGGAAGCUCGGAAUGGAAACUAGCACCAAACUGCCAAAUUUCUAUGUAAUCUUGUUUAUAUUACUAUCUACACUAGGCUCUCUUGUUGCUUCUAAUAAGUGACGUAAAAGAAUGAAGCGAGAUUAUAUGGAACAAAUGCUGCUUCUGGCCUUGCUAGUUUUGUUCUGGCAGUAUGGUGCCCAAGGCGCGUUGGUGUUGUCACAAGAAAAACGACUUAUAAAAACUUUGAUCGAGCAAUACCAAACCUCAGGUAAGACAGGCAGACCGGUGAACGACCCAAAUGAAACAAUUACAGUAGAAUACGGAGUAAGCUUAAUUCAGAUCCUGGAUUUAGACGAAAGAAACCAAAUAUUAUCAAUAAAUGUCUGGAUCACUUACCAAUGGCGAGACAUUUACCUGAAGUGGAACCCAGAAGAUUACGGAAUGAUAAAAAAUGUCAGAAUACCACCUGAUGCUAUUUGGAUGCCAGACAUAAAACUAUAUAAUUAUGCUGAUACCCGGUUAGAAGAGAAGCGUGAUGCAUUGGUAGUCCUGAAAUACAAUGGUACGGUGUUCUGGAUGCCACAGGCAAUUUUUAAAAGUUCAUGUUCAAUAGACAUCACAUAUUUCCCUUUCGACGCACAGACUUGUUACUUAAAAUUCGGCUCUUGGACUUACGAUGGAAAUAAACUAGAUGUAAAAUUUUGGCAAAAUGUACAGGGAUUCGAGCUUACAGACUAUGUGCCUAGUAACGAGUGGGAUAUUCUCGAUUCAUCUGCAAUUAAGCACACAAAAUAUUAUCCGUGUUGCUCGGAACCAUAUCCCGAUUUGACGUUUACAUUGAAAAUUAAAAGAAAAGUUGCUUUUUACAACUAUAUUUUGAUAUUGCCUUGCGUACUUUUAUCCUCUCUCACAAUGGUUUUGUUCUGGUUACCACCAGAAUCUCCGGCCAAAAUGCAGUUAGGGAUGAAUAUAUUUGUUGCCUUCUUCGUAUUGCUAUUAUUAUUAGCAGAGUCAACACCACCUGCAGCUUCAGCAAUUCCACUAAUUGGAGCCUACUACUGUCUAAACAUGAUACUUAUCACUCUGUCCACAUUCUUGUCCGUCAUUGUGGUCAAUCUAUAUUUCCACGGAUCACGAUCACGAGUGCCACCUAUCGUGAAAAAGGUGAUGGUUGAUUUUUUCGGUCGAAUGCUCUGCAUGCAAACACAGUUACUCACCAAAGAAGAGCUGCUGGCACUGAGGUGUAGAAAAAGAAAAAAUAGCAAAUCGAGCAAAGAUAGGAAAAAAAUGCAAGAAAUCAAAUACGACAAAGUAGGAACUUUCGAAAUGCAAACCGAAGACAAUUGGGUUCGAAACCGAAACCCAACUUUAGCAUCUGCUUUAGCGCCAAUUGUCAAUGGUACAACUAGUCUUGCUGGCGCUACAGCUAUAGCACCGGCCUCUGAUAUUGAACAACAGUGUAAUGACGGAAAUCAAGGCCCUUGGCAGGCAAUCAAUACGUUGGAAGGUGAUGUUAAAGAAAUUAGAAGACACCUGCAGGAAAUGACAGACAAAGUUAGUGAAAAAGAAGCGGGCGAAAUAAUAGCCCGAGAAUGGAAGCACGUGGCCUUAGUUCUGGAUCGUAUAUUUUUUUUUAUGUAUCUCUCUUGCAUCGUCGCAUCCAUCAUGGUUAUAUUUCCUAAAGUCGCUUACCAUUUAUAAAACAGACAGAAAAACAGAUUGGAAAAUAAGAUGAGAUAAAUAUGAGCAAAAAAAAACUAAACGAAACAAAAGAAAACAAAUACACAUUCAUAAUGAGUGACAUGAAAAUGGAUAAUAUAAAAUAUGGUGAUGACGAUGAUGAAGAAAACGACGGCGACGACGACAUUGAUGAUGACGAUGACGAUGUUGAUGAGGAACACGACAAUAAUGAAAAU